AUGGAAUUGAACUUGAGAGAGCAAGAUUUACGUACCAUAACGAAAUCAGAGUUUAUUCAAAACUAUUAUUCUUCGAAUCAGAAUUCAAAUAAAGAAAAAAUUAAAAAGGUUCUAAUAUCUGCUGAAGAAUUUAGGAAAUCUAGGGAUAUUGAAACGGGAAAUAUUCUAAUAGAUAAAUAUGGAAGUAAUGAUUAUAUGAAUAACGGAGAAAACGGGCGAGGGAUUACGUUUGUCGGUGAAGAAAAGAAAAAAGUAAAGGAGUUGUUACCUAAAUACAGAAUUAAUAUUCUAGCUAGUGAUUUGAUUCCUUUGAAUAGACUCGUUCCGGAUUCAAGACCUCCAAGGUGCAAAUACCGGACCUACGCACAUGAUCUCCCAACUACAAGUGUCAUUAUUCCAUUUUAUGACGAAUGGCCAUCGGUUUUAAUUCGAACUGUAUACAGCAUAAUUAACAGAACUCCUAGACAUUUACUUCAAGAAAUUAUAUUAGUUGACGACAAUAGUCAAAUGGUUGAACUGAAAAGGCCACUAGACGAGUAUAUCAAUGACAAUUUUCCUAAAGAUAUGAUAAAGAUUGUACGUAAUCCUAAACGUGUAGGCGCAGGUACGUCUCGAGUAAACGGAUGGCGAGCCUCAACUGGACAAGUUGCUGUGUUCUUUGACAGUCAAAUGGAAGUCAAUAUAGACUGGUUACAACCCUUGCUUACAGAGGUUAAGAAGGACAGAAAAACAAUAGCUAUGGCAGUACUUGACUAUGUAAAUGCAGAAAACUUUGAAUAUUAUUUCUACGAGAGUCAUUUGCCUCGCUAUGGGUUUGAAUGGAAACUUGGGUUUUUUGAAACUUUCUUCAGAAAAGAUCAGAUUGGAGCUACAGAGGAAGACGCAAGACCUGGUACGGUAAUGGUUGGUGCUGCGUAUGCCGUGGACAGUAACUAUUUUGGUGAGAUAGGUACUUACGAUGAAGACAUGUAUAUAUGGGGUGGUGAAAAUCUGGAAAUGUCUUGGAGGGUCUGGAUGUGUGGUGGACGUCUUAUUCACAUUCCCUGCUCUCAUAUAGGACACAUACCACGUUCACAGCCAUACAGUUUUCCCGGUGGUAGAAGGUAUGUCGAGGUUUACAAUUAUAAACGGGCAGUAGAAGUGUGGAUGGAACCGAAACACAGACGAUUUGUUUAUGAUAGUUACCCAGAAAUGGCGACUAUUGACGCUGGGGAUUUAUCAGAACGAUUCAAGCUGAAGGAGAAAUUGCAGUGUAAAAAUUUUACUUGGUUUUUGACAAAUAUCUGGCCGGAAUUAUUUAUCUUUGAUGAUAAUGUUUUUGCUUGGGGAUCAGCACGGAAUAUACAAAACAAUCAAUGUUUAGACAAUCAUAGUUAUCUAUAUCCAGCCCCAGAAGCACUUUAUUUAGAAAGAUGUCAUUACAAACUGGAAACUCAGGGGUUUUCAUGGACCAAAGAGAAGCUACUUCGAACAACUUUACAGUGUGUGGUUGUGAAAGACAUGCAUGAAGGUACCAGACCGGUGUUAGAAGGCUGUAUUAUAGGUCCUCGUGAUAAAUGGGACCAUAAAAAGAGUGGAUAUCUCAAACAUAUCAAAAGUGGAUUGUGUCUAGAUCAUGAUGGUCAGGGUCCAAUAAUGCGAGCAUGUAACAACCAGGUGGUCACACAAAAUUGGCAGUUUAACCAUUAUAAUUAUUGA